AUGUUCUUCGUGUUUCUCUUAUCUUGCUGCAGACUGGUGGAACGGUUCCUCGUGGACCUGCAUUUGUCGAAUAUUCCUCUCUCAAAGGAUCUUCAUCCCUCUCCAGAAGAGGAGAAGAGAAAACACAAGAAAAAGUACCUGGUGCAGAGCCCCAGUUCCUACUUUAGGGAUGUGAAAUGCCCAGGAUGCUAUAAAGUCACUGCUAUCUUUAGCCAUGAGCAAACGGUAGUCUUGUGUGAUGACUGCUCCACUGUCCUCUGUCAGCCUCCAGGCAGGAAAGCUGGGCUGACAGGAUGCUCGCCCAUAGGGAAGCAGCACUGAAAGCACUGAUUCAAGAUGACUGAGAACUAUCCCAAUAGACACAUUUUUGGAUAAAUAAAACAAACAAGAACAAACAAAAACCUAGUCUGAGCUCCAAGGGCGAGGUGUAGAAGAUGUCCAGCCCACUCUGCCUCAUGCUGAAUCAGCCUCCACCAUGCUGGGUUACAGACUUACACAACCCCCUCCCAGCUCCAAGGCUAGACUGUCCCAGCUGCCUAAGGACCUGCCUCCCCUGC